CACCUGUAUAUCUGGCAUUAAAUUGACUCCAUAGAGACCCUGUGUUUCUAGGCGAAAGUAAAAGCACUUUAUUUAUUGUGUACAAACACAUACGAGCUUCGUCACGCGACUCUGUUCCCCUCUCGGGCUUGAACUGAUGGUAAUUAAGGACAUUAUUAACUGUCUUUACUAUAAUUUUGAAAGCUAAAGCUUGCGAUUAUGGAAAGGGGCGUUACAUUUCCGACGCGGCUUGUGGUGUUCGGCCAAUCACAAUGCACUGUGCCAGUUGGCCAAUCAGAACACACUGCGCUUGACGGAAGGAGGGACUUUGUAGAAAACGAAGCGUUUGAGAGAGGCGUGGCAUAGCGGAUCUACAAUAAUGUACAGUAUUUGAAAAAUAAUGUGUUUUUUGAACAAUAAAACAUGUCAACAUAUUCUGUUACACCAACUACACAAAAUAAUGAUCUUUUAAAAAAGCAUCAUAUGACCCCUUAAAUGCAAUGUCGCCUUCUACCCGCUUGGUGGGGCUACGAUACUGUUACUGAAAAUAAAAACUCUUAGGAAAUGGAUUCAUUUCGUACCUCGAGAAGGUUAAUGUGUUUAUCUCUUAAAUGCUUUUUUAAUGUUCUCGAAACGUAUCAGAGAUCUUUGUGCCUACUAUAUCCAAAUUCACUCUUAUGUUUGGAUAAUUAUUGACAUACGGUUAAAGAUGCUUUGCUUGUUAGUUAACCAAAAGAGAGAUGUCCAGACUGCGUAAAGCCUGGACAUUUCUAAACAGUUUUACAAGCCUGCAAGAGUUUAAAGUCCAUGUUCGGCCGGAGGGGAAACUUGUCUGGAACACAAAGUCAAAAUCACACGACUGUCGAUACAGUAGCCUACCAUACGCGAAGUAACGAUGGAUUCACAUUGUGUGGGUGAAAGUGAUGGACUGAACUUCUGUCUGGCCAGAGUAGAGGAUUACGAUGACGUGAUGGCUAUAUCACAAGACAUAUAUGGUGGCAAUGACUACCUUCCACAUCGCUAUCACUCCUGGAUGACUGAGCCAGGAAGAGUGGUUAUUAUAGCACGGAGAGAUAGGAAGCUGGUGGCUCUGGAGUCAGGUCUGCUGGUUGAUGGAGGUGAAACUGUAAUCGUUGAGGGAUUAAGAGUGUGUCCUAACAAAAGGGGUUGUGGUCUAGCCGGAGUUAUCCAGAGAUUUGUUGAUGGCUACAUAAAGAAGGUCUACCCUGAUGUGAAGACCAAGCGCCUCACCAGAGGAGAUGACCCAGGGCCUGAAAAACUGAGCAAGUUCACGCUUCUGGCUAGACGGGCCGUUCUCUCUCUGUGGGGAGAUUGUGAAGGUUUUGAUAACUUUGUCUCAGGUCUGAAGGAAAAACUGGUUGUGUCAGAUGAGUCUAAGAGUAGCAGUCCUUUAGUGCCAGUAAAGGACUUGGAUGCUCUUAAGACCCUUCUCUUGGAUUCAGACUUGUCCUCCAGACUUCAGCUUCCAGGCGGUGCUAUCAUCCAGGAUUGGCAGCCCUUGAAGCUCAUGGAGAGUAACCUUCACGUCUUGGCAAGGCGAAACUUGACGUGGUUUGUAGAUGGUUCCGGUGGGAAACCCCUUUUCAUGAGCUUCCACACACCUCCCUAUCCUAUUCCCUUUAACGGAGGGUCUCUACGCUUUAAUAUCGAUCUGUACGGGACGGACACCUCUUUAGCAAAGAAAGCACUAACAGCUCACCUGAACAGUGUGAAAAGUGAGAUUCAAGGCUUGGUUUUGGUUCAUAUUUAUAUGCAUCAGUCUCUAUGGGAAGAUUUAAAGCAGUUUUGUGAGGGCCAUGAGACAGUGAAGCAGUUCCGGGAUUACUGGGAGCAGCUGUUUUUGGAAAGAGAGCUAUAAUGAUAUCUAAAGAGGAUGGAGAGAAGAAAAAGAUGCUGGCGAUAAAGAAAGACUUGUUUAAUUUUUUGGUGAUUGAUGUUAUAUUAGCCAUAAUGGAGUUGUCAGCUUUGUUUAAACAAACUAUAUGUUCAACAAAUUAAAUCGGUUUAAGAUAUUGUACAACUAUAUUGCGCCUGAGUGAAACAAGGCACAGUGAAACAAACUCAGUGAACUCAUUACUUUAACAGAUGCUGAUGUCAGAAACAUGAAGCAUGUACUUGUUCCUCUGUGCCUCAUGAGUACAGGAUGAUUUAUGAAUUGAAAUUUUGAAAUGAAAAGUACUUCAAACCUGAUUGUUUUAAGCAUUUUAAUAUAAUAAAAAUGUAUCAAUGCUGAAACACUUGUUGCUUAAUAUAUUUGUGGAAAAGUGCACUUUAAAAAAUGCUGCUGCAAUUAGUUACAACAACAUAAAAUUUGUUGAGAUAACUUAAAUAUCCAACUUAACUAAAGUUAACAAAACUUAAAUUAACUAAACUUAAGUCAAGCACGAAGAUUGAUUUUAUUCUAAUGUUGAAAUUUUAAGUUGUAUAAUCAUUGAAUUAAAUUUAAUGCAUUCAAU